AUGGUCUCGAUUGUGUCCAUUAAGGCUCGCCAGAUUUUCGACUCGCGAGGCAACCCGACCGUGGAGGUCGACCUCGUGACCGAGCUAGGCGAGUAUCGUGCUGCUGUGCCCAGUGGAGCUUCCACAGGCGAGUUCGAGGCCCUAGAGAUGCGUGAUGGUGGUGCCGACUACAUGGGCAAAGGUGUUUUGAACGCUGUGAGGAACGUAAACGAAAUCAUCGCUCCUGCUCUCAUUGGCAAGGACGUGACUAAGCAGGCCGAACUUGACCGCUACAUGGUAGAGACCCUGGACGGCACACAGAACGAGUGGGGCUGGUGCAAGAAAAAACUCGGCGCUAAUGCUAUUCUGGGUGUGUCGCUGGUACUAUGCCGUGGUGGCGCCGCCGCCAAAAAGCAGCCCUUGUGGCAGUACAUCGCCGACCUUGCCGGCAACCCUACGCCGUGCCUGCCCGUGCCGUCGUUCAACAUCAUCAACGGUGGCUCCCACGCCGGCAACAAGCUGGCGAUGCAAGAGUUCAUGAUCCUUCCUGUGGGUGCCACGAGCUUCACGGAAGCCAUGAAGAUCGGUUCAGAGGUGUACCACAACUUAAAGAAGGUGAUCAAGGGCCGUUACGGCCUGGACGCCACGGCUGUGGGAGACGAGGGUGGUUUCGCCCCCAACAUCCAGUCAAAUGGAGAGGCCAUCGACUUGAUCGAGGAUGCCAUCAAGGCCGCCAGCUAUACAAACCAGGUACGUCUUGGUAUGGACGUUGCCGCGUCGGAGUUCUACACUGGCGCCACGGAUGCCCGUUACAACCUUGACUUUAAGAACGAGAACGCUCCCGAGUCAGAGAAGAUCUCGGCUGAGAAGCUUCUGGAGGUGUACGAGGGCUUUAUCGCGAAGUGCGCCGGGUCGAGCAGGAUCGUGUCGAUUGAGGACCCGUUCGACCAGGACGACUGGGAGUCGUGGAUGAAGAUUACGGAAAAGGUUGGCAAGGACGUGCAGAUCGUGGGAGACGACCUGACGGUGACGAACCCGACCCGUGUGAAGAAGGCCAUUGAGCAGAAGGCUUGCAACGCUCUUCUGCUAAAAGUGAACCAGAUCGGCAGCAUCACGGAGUCGAUUGAGGCCGUGACGAUGGCCAAGAAGGCCGGUUGGGCUAUCAUGGCUAGCCACCGCAGUGGCGAGACGGAGGACACGUUCAUCGCUGAUCUGGCUGUUGGUCUGAGUGCCGGCCAGAUCAAGACGGGUGCCCCUUGCCGCUCGGAGCGUCUGGCGAAGUACAACCAGCUUCUGCGUAUUGAGGAGGAGUUUGGUGCCAACGCUCGCUACGCCGGCGAGGACUUUCGUGACGUGGAGAAGCUCGGCAAGUACUCGACCUUCUAG